GCAAAAGGAAGUAGAAUAAGCAGUAGAUUCAGAAUCUUUUGAAAGAUGGCGGCGAACACACAGAAGAACAACAACAAGCCAGGGAAAAGUGGAGGUAAAGAGGCUCAGCCUCUGAUAAUCCCUAAAACCCCCGCUGAGGAGCAGCGUCUAAAGCUGGAGCGGUUGAUGCGGAAUCCCGAAAAGGUCGCCCCUAUUCCGGACCGCCAGAAAGAAUGGAAACCGCGGGCCCCGCCGGAGUUCGUCCGGGACGUGAUGGGCUCCAGCGCGGGUGCCGGCAGCGGAGAGUUCCACGUUUACCGCCACCUCCGCCGCAGGGAGUACCAGAGGCAAGACUUCCUGGACAAGAUGGCAGAGAUUCAAAACAAGGACGAGAGAUAUAUGGAGAGGCUGGAGCAGAACAAACUGGCUGCUGAGGAGCGAACGGCGAAGCGCAGGAAGAAGCGCGAGAAGCUAAAGCAGAAGAAGCUAAUGGCCAAGAAGGCUAAACUGGAGGAAAAGGACCAAAAAGAGGACUCGGAAAGCAGCUCGGAGAGCAGUAAAGAGGACGAGCAGAGCGAGGAGAAAGAGACUGAGGAUGACGCUGAGGCUCCAAGCUUCAUAAUGGGGAAGAAAUAAAACGGUUAAGUCGCGUGAAAAAACAGGGCUAGUUUCUGUUUUUAAAGCUAUUUGUUUGGAGCACGCGCUGAUUUCCUACAGACGUACAGAGGAGUAAGAUUGGGCAUUUUGCUUCGUGUGAAAAAUCUUUUGCUUUUACUCUGAGGACCUUUAAAAAAAAGUGGAGACAAAAUAACUAAAAGACUUUUUUAUAUUGUCAUACACUGCUGAGUCCAUGACACCUGUAUUUCACGUCCAGUUUGGAAAGAGACUUUCUACAAGGGGGGAAAAACAUUGACAAGUUUUCUUUUUUUUUUAAUUUACUUGAAUUGUUUGAAAUGUUGGCUACACAAUUAACCAAUAUAUAUUAAGAAUAUAAUAAAAUUGACAAUUUUAUUCAAGGCGUCUUCUUGAAAUGGAUUCUUGAUGCUAAAUUUGUUUUUUUCUUUUUCCAGCGUUCUACAUUAGGAGAGUGUCCUGUGUUGAUUUUUGUGUCCUUUGCAGCCUUGCCGAGUUGCCCCUGGUGAAGCCCGUCACACGUGGGUACGACAAGGCUGCAGAAAGCAUCCCAAAGAAUGAAAAGGCGUGACUUCUGGAGACUCAGGAGUUUCACGUGCGAUGUUCUUUGAACAGACACCCCCCCUGCCUUCCACGGUGGUGACGGUCUGGCCCUGUGGCCAUCACCUUUCUUGGGGCAGGAAGAGCAAAAAAACUUGGCAGCCAGGUAUUGUUUGGAACAGGGUGAGCUUUUCCUGCCAGACACUGUUAGCUGUCACAUUCCUUCCACAGGUUUUUAUAUAUUCUCUCCUGGUCAUUACACCUUCGAUUCAGUGAAUAAAACCAAAUUAAAGUAUUAAGUUUUUAUCUUAAGUGUUCUCUUGUCCAGUUUUAUUUACUCACUCUCAGCUCUUUGUAUGCACAUGUAAGCUCUGUCAAAGAUCUCCCAUUGCAGGGUGAGGAAAAUAAAAAAAAAACUGAGAACUUUUAAAAUUUCCUAAAUAUUUGUAUUGAACCCAAGUUUUUACAAACGGAUUAGAUUAAUAAAAAUGACUUGCACAUAUUGAUGCCUUUGAUAUUUGGGAAAAUUAGAAGACAAUUUUGGAUUUGAUCAAAAUUUGAUCAUACUUUUGAAGUUCAUAUUACAUGAGUUAACCAUCAUGUAGUCAGCAUUUUCAGACUGCCCUCCUUUUUUUUUUUUUUUUUUUAAAAAACAAUUGUUCUCACACAGUGAACAGUAUUGUGGACUCCGACAUUUUUAAACUAAGAUCAGUCAUCUGAAGUCUAGAAAGUCCUGAAAUAAUGUAGUGGUAUUGGAUACACAGCACAAAGCAUAGAUUUACAAAACGUUUUAUGUCUCGAAGAUCAGCAGCCAAGACAAAAGCUCUUCAUAACUGAAAAUAGAAGGGAGUGAAUUGGAGAAUCAAAGUUGCAGUUUUUUUUUCUGCAGAUAUGUUUCUUUAGUGCUACUUUCUUUUCAGUUUGAUGAAUACAUUUGGGACAAUCUAACUGUGAAUAGCUUGUGGAAUAGUUUUAAUUUGGGGAUAAUUGAAAAUAUUGGACAAGAAAACCAGAUCAAACGUCACGUUUUCAUGUGACAUUCCUGAAUACCACGAGUCAAAUUUGAGGACGGGCGAAUAUGAUUUUCUGAGCGUACCUACGAAGUGUGGACAACCAUAAACAGGCAGAAAGUGGAGUAUGAAACCACACCCUUUACCAGAACACACAGAGAAUUCUCAUGGCAGGAUUUUAUGAUGUGGAGCUUGUCAAUAGGUGUAAAACUGACUUUUCCUAUGGGGAGUGGCGCUGACAUCUUAAAGGGAGGUCUCAGCAUGUUUGGGCAAGACGUGCAGCCUCUGUGCCUCGCCUUAAUCCUUUUUCUGUUAAAACACCUCAGAGCAGCUCUGACGGAGGAUAUUUUGAAUUGUGCUCACGUUUGAACCCUGCCAUGAACCGUUACAGUGAAUGAGAAUGCAGGCCGACGUUGAUUCACAGAGAAAACCAGUUGGAGUGAACAGCAAUCACAACGGGCAGCCUCAAGAUGACGUAAAAGCAGUGCAGAAGAGAACUUUCACCCGGUGGAUGAAUGUGUUUCUGCAGAAGCUCGAUCCACCCCUCGAAGUCCAUGACUUGUUCACUGAUAUUCAGGACGGCAAAAUACUCAUGGCCCUUCUGGAGGAGCUGUCUGGUUGCAAACUAGUAAGGCUUUAUAGAUUUAGGUCUGCUUCUAAUCGUAUUUUCAGACUCAACAACAUUUCCAAGGCGCUGACUUUCUUAGACGACAGGCAUGUGAAACUGCUUGGCGUCGAUGCUUCUGGUAUUGCAGACGGCAUCCCCUCUGUUAUCCUCAACCUAAUCUGGAGCAUUAUCCUGCAUUUCCAGGUAAAGGAGAAGACGGGAGGCCUGAAGAGGAGCCUGUCUUCAAGCCUCUCUUCGUUAUCUCAGAGCGGUUACCCAGACGCCGGUGACCUCUCACCCCUGCCAAACGACGCCUUCAACACUCUGCCAAGGAAAGCUAGUAAGACUGCCAGGGAAGCAAAGCUCCACGGUAAAGCAAUCAAGACCCUCUUGCAGUGGGUUCAAAGACGCACAGCGAAGCAUGGGGUGGAUGUGCGUGACUUCGGGAAGAGCUGGAGGAGCGGGCUGGCGUUCCUCGCUCUGAUUAAGUCAAUAGACCCAGACUUGGUUGAUCUGAGGGACAGCUUGUCCAAACAACCAAAAGAAAACAUCCGACAGGCGUUCGGAAUAGCCCACCGGAGUCUGUGUGUGCCCCCUGUGCUGGAGUACGAAGACGUGACAUGCAGCUCACCAGAUGAGCCAUCCAUCAUAACCUACGUGUCAAUGUUCCUGGGGCAUCAUUCACACAGACAUGAGAAUUACACAAGAGAUAUUGAAGUUCCCGGAAUUCCCAACUUUGGAUCACACGACGUUGUCGCCUUUGGAGAAACCCUUGCUGAUGAUCCGGAAGCCAAAGCUCUGCUGAAAAGCUUUGAGAAGAGCAGUGAACAGUUGCUGUGGAGACGAUGGUCCAGGAGAUCUUCAGUGGCCUCCUGUGCUUCGUACUCCAACGCAAACACAACCUCAUAUAAUCAAAGAGUGUUAGAGCCCCCCAGUCCACUAGAUGCACUUAUAGUUGGGCAGGAGAUCAGGUCAUGGAUGGAGAAGGGCCUGGAAAAGAGUUAUGGCAAGCAACGGAGAGAUGAAAGUCAUCUUUCCAUUAGUUCUGUGGAGGGAAUCCACAGUUUUUCAGCCUUGGACUCAGACGAGGAGGAUGCCUGUAGCUACAUACUGGAUCUGAAUAAGGACGUUUGUCAACCACAUAAUCCGCCGAAGAGAGAGAAUGUAAAAAGAGUUGAGGAGGAAAUAGAAGAAGAAACAGAAGAAGAGUCGAAAUAUAGGGAGGCAUGUGAGGUGUUUAAUGGGAGUGGAGGUAAACAUCAGCAAGGCUUCCUUUCAAAAGUCAAAACACAUUCAUGGGAACAAGAGUGUGACCAAACAGAAGAGGAAGUUGUGAAUACAAAGAUUGCGUUGAAUAAGGGAGAAGAGAAAGAGCACAGGAAAAGAGGGGGAUAUUUGAGUGAGUCCAGAAGAAUAUAUGAAGAUGUGAGAAGAUCAGAGGAAAAGCGGGACCUAAGGGAACGUAAUAAGAGUGAUGGAGUCUGUGUAAAGACCAGAGAGACGAGAAGUCUGAGAAGUCAUCAUCUAGAAAGCUUCAAAGUCGAAAUCAUUGACAAAUUAUUCACUGAUGAAUUUAGAAGACCGGAUGCAGUCCGAAUAAAAAUGGACAUCAGUUAUAUUUGUACAAAUGAAGCGGAGAGAAGUGACCGUGUGAAGAUUUCAGCUGAUUUUGGACCUCUUAAAUCAGCAGAAUUGGAGCACAACCAACGGGGAAAGGAUGCAUCCCAAGAUGCAAUCGCUACAGCCAAUAUCAAUAAAACCGCAACACAAUAUCACAUUGAUGACAUCCACAAAUGGGAAGAUAUCCGGAUGCCUGCCUGUAGUCCAACUUCGCAGUCGUUCAGAGACGGAAGCCUUCUUCCUCAAUCCUUAGCAGCCUCCUGUGAUUUAACUGCUUUCGAGCUGGAAUUGCUGCUGCUCCUGUGGAUCCUGCUCUACUGCUACUUCCUCCUGCCUCAGAUAGACCUCUGAGUCCUUUUGCACUGCUCUCCCACAUAGAGAUAUGCUCAUUAAUCCCGUUUACCAGUAAUGAGCCAAACUGGGGCACAUAGGCGCAUUUUUAUUUCAUUUUAUCUCUGUCACUAAAUUUCCCCUCAAGGCCACAUUUAAUGAUUAUGUUUGCUACUUGCUGCCAGCAUAUGUGAUUUAUAAUAACUCUAGCAACUGCUUCAGAUAAACCAAUAACAAGUAAUCCCCAUAAUUACAUAGAUUUCCAGCAUUAUCGGGCACGGUUGGUGAGCUGUUGUUGCAGAAUAAAUGUCCUAAACGCUCUGUUGAUGUGACUGAUUUUUUCUGGCAGUUAGUCCUCUCUAAGAAUGCUUGACGUGACCAACCACAUGGUGGCAAUGCAGAUUCGCAGGAGCAACCCUGACAACAUGACAGACUACCCACACAGCAUUCUGUGGCCUGCUGAGAAUCCCACAUGACCCGCUGUUUAAUUAGAGGCUGUAUUAACAUGCUGAGAUUAAGCAGAUAAUAUUUAAUGAGAACUUUGACAUUUGACAGACUCUCGCUGUGCCACUUGUGGCUUAGCGUGCAGACUGUUUCCCAGUUUUUAUCUCAGAUGUAAUACUCUAUUUAAAGCUGAUUGUUUUUUUUUGUUUUUUUUAAGUGAACUACUUUAUAGUUUGAAAUUAACCUCAAAAUAAAGGCAU